UACAAUUUCCCAGUUGGUUUUCACAUUCAAGUAGAAACGGUUCCACAUACCAACACAUACAUCGUUUGACCUAAUUUUAGUUAACAUAAAUCAACUAUAGAUACGAUUGAAAUAUAAUAUAUAAUAUAGAUUCGAAUGAAAUUUUUUGAAAAUUAUCUUUUUAUUUAUGUGUUUUUGAGUGAAAAUGUUACGGACAGAGAUAGAUAAAGUUGCCGUUUUGUUUAUUUUGAGGUUAUGUAGCAGUUUGAGCGCCAAAAACAAAUUAGACUGUGGAUAUAAGCAAUGCCCCAUGACAAGAGAUGGAGCUCUCAACGUCCAUCUCAUACCACACUCUCACAUGGACGCCGGUUGGGUUAAGACUUUCGACGAGUAUUACUAUGGCACUAAGUCUAGCGUCAGCUCGGCCAGUGUACAGUUGAUAUACCACUCUGUACUGUCGGAGUUACUUCACGACAAGCGUAGAAAGUUCACCUUCUCUGAGUCGUCAUACUUCUGGCGAUGGUGGAAGGAACAACGGCCACCGACGAGGGUCACCUUCAGAUCUCUGGUGCAGGAAGGGAGAGUGGAGUUUGCUGGAGGGUCCUGGGUUCAGAAUGACGAGGCUACUGUUGAUUAUCUGCAGAUCAUUGAUCAGUACACCUGGGGCUUGAGAAAACUAAAUGAUACUCUUGGACCUUGUGGCAAGCCGAAGGCAGCGUGGCAAAUCGACACCUAUGGGCACUCCAGAGAACAGGCAUCUUUGUUAGCCCAAAUGGGCUUCGAUGGUCUUUUCCUUGGUCGAGUCGAUUACAAAGAAAGGGAAGCCAUGAUGGAAGAGGACAGAAUGGAGUUUAUGUGGAGAGGGAGUGAUGUUUUGGGUAAAAUGUCAGACAUAAUGACACACACACUCUUCAACUUGUACAACGCUCCGGAUGGUUUCUGCUUCGACUUCCUCUGCACUGAUGAGCCUAUUGUCGAUGAUGCGGACAAUGUGGCUUAUAACGCUGACAAGAGGGUUAACGACUUCAUAGCCCAAAUCGAACGGCAAGCGAAGUACUACGACCAUGAUAAUAUAAUGGUUACCAUGGGUGGAGAUUUCACCUACCAGAGCGCUGCUAAUUGGUUCCUCAACAUGGACAAGCUUAUCAAUCACGUGAACACUCAUCCAGCCAACUUGUCUGACAUCAACAUAUUCUACUCGACGCCAUCUUGUUUUCUGAAAGCCAUUUAUUUGUACGGAAGAAGGGACAAAGCAAUUUUCACUGAAAGAGAGGAUCUACUGCCCUACGGCAGUGACGCCACUACUUACUGGACUGGCUUCUACUCGUCACGGCCCAGCCUCAAAUUCUUAGCUAAAAGGGCACAUGUGUUUUUACAAGUAGUAAAACAGUUGUCAGUAUUGGCGCGUUCGGGCGACUCGUACGAGCUACACGUCCUGCGCCAUGCUGUCGGCCUGGUACUCCAUCACGACGCCAUCACUGGCACAAGUCAACAGCAUGUCACCAACGAUUUUUUGAAAAUAUUGACCGAAGCCAUUGAUUUGUGCAGCAAAAAGAUAUCCAGUGUUCUUAGUUAUCUCACACCGACGUGGGGCGGAGGAAGGCGGUCCAAGAAUCAUCAACAGUUUAUCAUCUGCCACCAGACUAACAUGAGUCAGUGUAGAUUCUUCGAAACCCAGACGUCCACAAUUCUCCUCAUAUACAACCCGCUGAGUGUGAAGACCUACUUCCACGUGAGACUACCAGCCGUUGCACUGCACUACUCCAUCAGAGAUUAUAACGAUGAUGAAGUGGACUAUCAGUUAGUGUCUCUGCCGACGGCGGUCAUCAACCUCCCAGGCCGGAGCAUCACCACGAUACAAGAACUAGUCUUCGAAGCUGAGAACAUCCCGCCGUUGGGCUAUUCCGCGUUUCUCAUAAACUCCAUUAGGGAUCCACUGGCUGAAAACAAACAGACGAAUUCUGACAACUUGGAUCAAGAAGUGACGCCAUAUAUAUCAAACGAGUACAUGAAAGUGACAGUGAACAAAGACACAGGCCUGCUGGAGACCAUCUCACAUAUGGACGGCAUCAAGCUACAGAUCUCACAAAAUUUCCUAUACUACAGCCAGGCUCAGCAGCAGGGACAACAAUCUGGCGCGUAUACCUUCAGACCAGACAAGGACAAGACUACUCCAGUCUCAGAGAAGGCUUCCUUUCAAGUGAUCCGGGGCUCGCUGGUGAAAGAGAUACGGCAGAGAUUCAACGACUGGGCGACACAGAUCAUCCGACUGUAUCGUGGUGAAGAAUUUGUAGAACUUGAGUGGAUCAUCGGUCCAGUGCCAAUAGGCACGGACCUCGGCAAGGAGAUUAUAAGUGUGUUUAGUACUAACAUUAGCAACAAUGGAGAAUUCUUCACGGACUCCAACGGAAGGCAGAUGAUGAAGAGAUCCUGUUGGAACGACAGCACCAGUCAGCUUCAGAAGAAAUCUCUACCUUCAUGCUAUUACCCCGUCACCUCUCGGAUCUGCAUUCACUCGGCCAACACCAGCGUAGAGAUGUGUGUGUUGACAGACAGACCUCAAGGAGGAACCUCUUACCAGGACGGACAGAUUGAACUGAUGGUUCAUAGAAGACUGCUGACUGACGACAGUUUUGGCCUGGAUGAGACGCUGAAUGAGGAGGCGUACGGAGUCGGCCUUGUGGUGAGGGGGAAGCACAGAAUCAUAUUCGGGAACUUCAGACAGAAUGCUGAUGAGCUGACGUUUUCUGAGCGUGUGAGCCAGUUGGCGCGGCGCUGGCAGAUGGAGCCCUGGGUGUUCCUCACGGCCGGGGACAAGGUCAACAAGAGGAAGUGGCAGAACGUCCGGAGCAAGCGGUAUUCCCCGCUAUACAUGCACGGUCUGCCUCGCAACAUUCAUGUCCUGACGCUGGAGCCGUGGAAGUCCGGUUCUGUCUUGUUGAGACUGGAGAACGUGUUGGAGACGGCUGACAGAGCAAGCCACAGACCAGACAAGGUCGAGGCCGGCGAGGAGUUCUCCCCCAAGUCAGCUCACAUCACCGUGGACAUCCGCAAGAUCUUCCUGUUGCCGGUAAAGGCGAUUAGGGAGACCACGUUGGCCGCCAACCAGUGGCUGGACGACGCGCGGCAGAUGGACUGGAGCACCAGAUACGUGUACAGCGGCGGGGAUGAUGGAAUACUACCUGAAGAUAUCGACUAUGGUGAAGAUAAAUCCGUGAGGGUCCAGGAAACCAGCACGACUUCAGAUGAAGAAGCAGACUACGGUAGAAACAGAAAGAAACACCCGCAACACGCACACACAACUACAAGCAGACAUAAAAAGAAAAAUCUUCAUUACGAUUAUGAUAGAAAGAAGCGGAGCGCAAAUUUCACUGAAAAUGUCACUGAAUUUACCAAUGAUACCAAGCUUGAUAGGAAAGAUAUAAGUAAUACUUUUAAAAAAGUUAAUGAUACAAAAGUUGCAAAAGAAAUAAAAGAACGUAAUGUUACUAAAGAUAUUGAUGUGGCUGAGAAGAAAGCUAAACUAGUUGAUGUUGUUAUAAAAAAGCAAAAAGUAAAAAAUCGUUUGAGUGUUAAUUCAGAUGUGAGAUCUUCUGAAGAAGAGUUUGAAUAUUCGAGGAGUUAUCGGAGGAAAAUGGAACGAGGUAGUUUAAAAACUAGUAGGGCAGCAGUUCCACCAGAAACUGACGACGCAGACGACGGAGUCACCAAGUCUAUAUACGAGAUGUACUACAAGACGAAGCCCAGGUCCAGGUCUUUCAAGCCGUUCAUAAGGAAUUCCGAGGAGGACUCGACUCCGAGACUGAGGAAGGAGCCCAGAGAUCAGGGCAGAUACAGGAAGCAAGAAGACUACGAUUCUGUUGAAGUGACUACUAGAAGAGCUAAGAGAAAACGAGCCAGAAAGAAUCGCAGAAUGGACCCAGAGGAUUUCUUCGACUACAGAAAACUGAAGGACUUUAGUGUGGAAGACAGGAUGGAGGACAGUCUGAAGAGGGACGCUGAUGGCAGGCGAUCUAGAGGUACAUCGCGACCGAUAACACGGCUGAAACGCCGCAAAGAUUCAUAUGACUCCACUGAAUAUGAUGUUCCUAAUGUGAGCUUCGAGCGUGAACAGACCAAUGACGAUGACGAAGGGCGCGGUGGAGGGGAGAGGAAGAAGCGGGCAAUGCCAAGUGACGAGGUCGACCCAAAACUCGAGCCAUAUAGCGAGGACUCCGAAGAAUAUCUAGUGACAUUGAGACCCACGCAAAUACGUACCUUCGUCAUUUGGUUUCAGACUGUAAAGAAAACAGCGUAAAUAGAAUAGGUCCUAGAUAAUGCCCUGAGGGACUCCGUAUUUUAAACUUCAAAAUAUCAUCGAAUUUUAUUUUGGUUAACUAGUUAUUCGUUUAAAUGUUAUUUAAAGCCAGUCAUGUAAACUAAUUAUUUUGUUGUGAUUAAUAUAGUAACCGUAAGUUUAUAUUGGUUGAGGGAAUCGAAUGCCUUUGAAAUAUAUAUAAAUUAGCUAGAAUAGUAGAACAAGCAAAUAGAUAUAUCAAGUCAUCCCAAUCUUCGUUGUCAUGUUUGGUGGUUCAGGCAAAUUACUAAACCACUUAUAAAUAUGACAAGAUAUCCGACACGUAAAUUCAAAUAUAUAUCUCGUCUCUGCAUGGAUGGCAUCCUGUUACGUUCGGGGUUGCGAUGCCGCGAGGCCCAGGAUCAACGAUAAAAUAAAAGCUUUUUGAAGAUUAUGAUUUUACAACCGGCCGCCUGCCUACGUCGACCCUCUUUGGGAAUGCUGUUGUCUAGGCUGUGUCCCUUAGCCGUCUUUAAUGCAGUAUCUAAUGCAAUUAAUAGGUAUAGGAUAGAAUAUUUCCAGUAUAGGAUAUUUCGUGUUGUAUGUACGUACACUAGUUAUGUAUACAUAUAACGUGAUUAAAGAAUUUUAUUACGUAAGUAAUUAUAUGUUACUAGAUGACCCUAGAGCUUCGCUUCCGUGGGAAUUUUGGGAUAAAAAGUACCUUAUGUAUUAUUCCAGGUUAUAUACUACCCGUGUACUAAAUAUCAUAACAAUCCGUCCAGUAGAUUUUGCGCGAAAAAAUAACAAACACACAUUAGUAGGACAACCAAUCAUUAUGCAAAAUAUAUUUUCAUGUUGUUAUACUUCAUUUUUAAGCCACUCGGGAAAAAAAAAAACGUGCUUUCGUGUUUGUGUGGCAACGGAGCACUACUGAGCAAUGGGGCAUGGACUCUUAGUGCGCUUAUAUAUUUCGAUCUCAUUGUAUGCCGACUUUUAAAAGCGUAGGCAUAUUGGAUAGUUAUAUCUCACGUGGCCACGCUAACCACGCGAGUCUUGUUUUCUUUUCCUUGUCUUUGAAAUUAAUCAUAGUUUUACGAUGUUAUGAAAAACAAAUUUGUAUUAAAUAUUUUUAUUUAAAUAAAUUUUAUAUAACAACAUGUGUCCGCUACCACCCAAAUGAGAUUUUUUUUUCUAUGGCGUACCACAAAACCCCCUAUAAAUAACUCAUACAAUAAAUCAUAUAACUAUAUUAAAAUCAUAACCAUGUUUUCAUUUCGAUCGCCAUUUAGUAUAUACUGAAUGGUUAUAUAUCCAUUUGGUAUAUACAGGGUUACUGGUGUCUAACGCAUAACCUUCCAAAGGCGCAUAAGCUACAUAGAGACUAACAUCUUUUGUUCUACGACUUUUGUCUAAGCGUGAUAAAUACAAAAAAAAACCUUUAAGUUUUAAUGUCGUUUCUAUAAAACGUUACCUCUAUGCCCGAUUCCGCUACAUAACGCUACUGUACUGUCUCGUGUUGCUUGGCUAUUACAUAGAGUUAA